ACCCGAAAGAUAUUAGUGCUGGCCCUUCUUCUUCGAUGCACCGCGUGCAAUCGCAUAACGAAUGCGCAUAUCUGGAUAAUUUGUCAUCAAUGUAAGUGGAGGUUUGAUCGAGUUAGCAAAUUGUUCCACGCUCUGUAUUUGAAUCUACUCCUGAUAUUGAUCACGACGUUCUCGCCUUGGUUGACAUCAGCGACGAGGAAGACGUGAACAUAUUAUAACCUGAGAAGCCACGGUCAUCUUCUUCUUGUCCGAAAUCAAGAAGAUGUCGCGUCUUACUCCGAUCAAUUUGAUGGAGGCUAAAAAAGCCUUUUUCAAGAAUGGGUGUAAAGAUGAACCCAACUUCCAGUACAAUGUGUCGCAAGCUAAAAUGCGCAAGGACAUCUUGAAGUACGGCGCUGUGAGCUACGAUCUUUUUGAACUGGCGCGUGCUAUUUUAGAGGAAGUCAGAGAGCGUUAUGACAACGUGGUUGAGGCACCUACGAGUCUGGGGCAAGGUAAGUCAGAAGUUACGGCUCGAUACAGUUCAUUUCCACCAGGGGUCGCCAUUUUCUUCGGUUUCCUUCUUAGCUAGGAUGCUGAAGAAAUGAAUGAAGGCAAGAAGUGAAUUGUUGUGGGCUCUAAAGAAGGCUGCGCAGACUUUGGUGGCGGAGAGGAAGAACAUGGGGAUAGCAGUGACGAUGGAGCAGGAGGAGGCAAAAGUGGAGGGAAGAAGUUUGAGAAGGACGGUCGAGUGAGGGAAAAGCCACUGUUUCCGGAGGACGUAGUAAAAGCUCUGCAUCCAUCGGGUGGAAGUUCGGCUUAUCGCGCUGUGACGGUGGUGCCAAGAGCGGACAGUGGUAGCUCUACUAGUGGCACAAUUGGUGGCAUGGUCAUGGUGCCACCUAGAGACCGUUUGAAAGCAGCUGGACAACAAAUGUUCAACUCAUCCACAUCUUCUUCUACUUCUUCCAGGAUGAUGAUGACAUCGUCGAUGAUGAAUAACGUCUCUACAACUCCAGCAUCAGCAGUUUCGCCAGGAGGAGGUUCAACACAGUAUACUCCACAGGAGUUGACAACUACUAAUUCUUCGCCUGGUACAGGAACAGGUGAUCGUGAUGCUGGAUCAACAAAUGCUAUUUCUUCACCAUCCAGCACAUCACAGCAGGUUGAACAAGGAUAUUGCAGUUUGUCUGGUGGCCGCUCUGCCUCUCCUGGUCCUGGGUCCAAAGCUUCAGCAGCAUCGAGCAGUGCCACCAGGGCUUCAGUAGUGACGAUUUCUCUAGGCCUUUUCAGUGAACAACAGGAGCAAGUGGAAGGGCCUGGGUCAUCUUCUUCAUCAGCUAUCCAACAGCCUCCACCUCCAUUUGCCGGUAUUGCGAUGAUGACUACUGGCGGGCGUCGGCAACACAGCACUGCUCCAACAUUUGGCAUGAACAGCAGUGCGAAUUUUCAGGUAACGAACAACCAGGCAGCUGGCGGUGGUGGUCAUGGGCAACAUCAUUUUCCUCUGGGCGGAAGCGGAAAUAGUGGGGCUGGUGCUGGAGGAACUGUACUCCCUCUUCAAGGUUCAACUGCUUCAAUCUCCUCUAUUCUAGUUCCUGGUGGGACUGGUGAUCUUCCAUCUUCCCCGACACAGCUAGUUACGACGACCACUCCUGGUGCGACUCCUACUCCUGGUGCAUCUCCAGCUCCAGUAGCUGGGAGUGUAACGAAUGGGCAAGGACUACAGGGACAGAGAUUGCUCUCUACUACUGGUACAACGUCUAGUGGAGGUGGUGCUCAGAUAUCACCAAACUCAUCCAAAAGUGUUAGUCCUAUUGGAACAGGGGGUGUAGCCACGACGUCCGCAAUUCCGGACAUAGAGUCCACAUACCGAAAGUUGCAAGCUUCUAGUUUUAGCGUCGCGGAACAAGAAGCACUGCUGAGGCAGGAGCUAGAAGCAGCAGCUAGAGAAAACGCAGAUCUGAAUAUUGUGACUAGUACAGGUCUGAAAACUGCGUCUAGUACUAGCCCUGGUACGGCAAAUGCGGGAGCAGGGGUUCCACCAACCACUUCUCCAACAGGCACGAGCACUGCCACGAAUAACUUUUUGUGGUAUACCCAUACCAAUAGUGCUUCUUCUACCACGACUGCUGUUGGCAGCAAGACCAAUUCAAAGAAAGCUCCUCCUGGAGGCACUGCCGGAACGCGGUCGGUAAGUAGCAGUCGUUCUAGCACACCCCAGGAGCGCGCAGCACGGCGACGUAAAAACCCUCCUCAUGAUCAUGAACCUAUGAAAUUGAAAGGGGCUCCAAACGCAGGACGUAAAAGUGGCCGGCUAUUUGAGCAGAAUUAUAUGAGCUCCGCUUCUUCCUCCUCAAGUACUGCUUCCAAUUGGAAAGACAUUCACGGAAAGCGAGCGAGCGUUGAGGAAAUUUUAGGCAAAGUGCGUCGUGCGAAACUACCAAAUCAGCACCAACUAGACCCAGAUGACGAUGUUGAAGAACCAUUACCUUCCUCAUCAGGAGGAUCGAUGGCGGAUCAUGGUAGUAGUUUACACGACGGUGAGGAGAUUGAAAUGCCGGACGACGACGAUAUUGCCUUGUGUAGGUUGGCAGCUUCAUCUACCUCUAGGGGAGAGCAAGUCCAAGAUCAAGACCAACAUUUCCUAGAUGAACCAGGAGAGAGUUCCGGUGCGAGUGAUAGUGAACCUGCAGCAACUAGGACAGAACAGCUGCCGCGUAGAACAAAUGCUAGUUGUCCAGAAGCGGGAGUCCGCGUCAUAGCAGGCCCACGCCCACCGGGAAUCGGAAACGAGACUAAAUUAGAGCAAGCCCCUGGAGCGCCACCGAGAACAUCGUCGAGCAAUGGCAAAAGCUCUUCUUCAUCUGCUCGUCCUACUGGCAGUGAAGGAGGUACAACUAGCAAGAGCAGCACACCGAAUUAUCACACUACUUCAUCUAGUAAAGGGACGACGAAGAAGGUAAAAAGGAGUAAGCUAAAAUCUGGAGGUGGCGACAAAGACAAGGACAAUACCUCAACAACACAAGGCCAAGGUUCAUCAUCUUCUCAAAGGACAACUAGUUCCCGCAGUAACGGCAAGAAGAGUUUUCCUAGUACUGCAUCAACUACAACAACGACCACGAAGAUCUCAUCAGAAGACGGGAGUGGCCGUCUAAAGCGUCAAGGUACACCGGCUUAUCCACCACCCACCAGCAGUUCUUCCACAGCCGCAAGUAGCGGAGGCGGGAGUUCAUCGUCUUCGUCGACCACGACUCAUCAUGUGCAGAGAACAUCAGCUUUCAGUUCCUUCCUUGAUAGUGCUAAGGCAGGCGGACCAGAGAGCAGUUCCUCACAGAUGUUCGACCACAAGGUCAAUAACAAUAGAAAUACAUCAUCUGGUACGACGGGAAGUGGCCUCGUACUACCUUCAAGGAGUGAAGACAUUAAAAAUCUACUUGCAAAGGAGAAUACUUCUAGUACAGGAGGCAUUUCUAGUUCAACAUUGUCACCAUUGCAACAACUGCUUCAGGGAAUGGGUAGUCCACCGGGAGGCGGAGCUGGAGCGUCCACCUCUACCAGCCCUUCCGGGACCUUCACAACUGUGCAUAACCCUAUCCAACCUCAAAGUACGAGUACAACUAGCGGCGGUUUUGCUGCCGCACCAACGGCUGUGCUUAGUAAAAGCCCUAGCAUCUUUGUGGCAAACUCCAAAAGUAGUUGUGCCCUCAACAUGCGGCCCUCUGCAGCAAACAUGUUUCUACCAGCUCGAUCAAAUUCCUCUUUAUCCCCAAGCUCAUCAGGAGUACAGAUACUAGACAAUGUUCAGAACAAUUAUAAGGGAAAACUCGACUCCCCCCUUGCAGGCCAACCACAACAACAACACCCGUCUUCAACUACAACAUCACCAGCGACUGUAAUUCCUCCGAGUCAUACAGCGACCGAUGGCUUUGAAAAAGCACUCCACCGUUGGAAAAACGACAACGUAUCAAAAGCUGCUUCUCCCGCAUCUCCUCUCUCACCGCCUCCUCUUGUUUCGCCCGAUGGUGUUGUAGAUCCAGCGGGAGGGAAGAAAACCCCCAGUGCAGAACCACUACAGUCUGGUACUUCUGGAGCUACUAAACAGUCUGGCUCCGGUAACAACACUGCCAAAAACUCACCCAAUGGAGGUCACGCAAGACCUAGCACUAGCGGUGGAAAUAAGAAACCACCAUCAAGUAGAAAGUUCCUAGUCACAAGUGAUGCGACGUUCAACCUCGCAGGAAGUGGUGACUCUGCAGAUGGAAAUAAUGACGAUCAAGUUGAUCAUGCUGGUGCAGUGAAAAAGGGUAAAAAGUCAACGUCAAAGCCAGGGACUGCGAAUGGGAAGAGCCGGAAAACCAAAGCCAAACCUGCGACAGCGUUUUCCGCAAAAGAAAAUAGUGGGAAUACUUCUAGUCGUCCGACUAGAACGUCAUGUGACGCUGAUGACGAUGGAGAUGAUGAAGUACAGACUGGAGAAGGAUGUUCACUGGAGAAGAAGCAAGCAGUAGAAACCGACGUGCAGCAAGAACAAGAACAUCAGAGUGCUUCUUCAUGGACAACAAAGCCAACUUCUAAGAAGUCUCCUUCAAGUUCCACAUUGAAAGACUGGGUGUCUCAACUACCAGAUGAAACCGACGACUCAGAAGUAGACAGACUUGGUUUAGCUCCGAAGGAUCCCUUUUUCCUACGCUCUUUCUACCAAAACGAAGUCGAUAAACAGAAAAUGUAUGAGCGGAGACAGGCCUACAUCGAGGAGCAAAACCGUGCAGCUGCUGCGGGAGGAGGCAGGUCUGCUGAUUUGCAGGCUCCACCUGAUGGAACUAGAAGUUAUACACUGGAGCAGGCAUCUGCUUUGAGCAAUGCGUUGCAUAAACGGAUAUCUUCAGGUGAAGGAGCAAGCAACCAGAGUACAAGUGGAACAGCCGGCACGAGUGAGCAGGUGGCGCAGAGAGGAACUAGAGCAAGUCCAAAUACUGGAGUUGCACAGCAAGACGCCCCUGGUGGUUCAGUGUCUAGGAAAAAACAAAAACCAUCAUAUGUCGAGGAAAUCUAUGGGAAGCGUUUCUGCGACGUCGUGCGCAUUUCAAUGCGCACAGGGAAAGAAGUGUUGAUUACCAACGACGACGAUGAUGGAUGCAAGAAAGUGACCGACGAGGAGAUUCUGCGAAAUAAAAUUUUGGAUGUUAUGCACCUGAUCUUCACCUCUAGAUGUACAUUACCAUUAGAUAGCUGUACCUCGCAUUCAUGAUCAUGUCGUAGGAUCCAGAUGAUUCACAAUGAUCGAGUUUUAUUUCAGUAGCAGGUGGCGGCAGGCUUGUCUUCCUGUGCCGGUCAUUGAUCAUCAUUCAAUCAUGAAAACCAUUUCCGCACCCGUUUUUCCUCUUUCCUUCAUACCUUUAGCAAUGGGCUACCUGCAACGGCACAUGUUGGAGCGGAUCAUUCGCAUAGUGUUUCCGAAGCAAAAACUAGUUUGCAGUUAUUCCAAAGCGACGAAAACGAUGGCCUUACACUCAGAUUUCAAAGUCUACCGAUUGGAACGCUUUAUAUCGAUCUUGGAUCAUGAGAUUGGUAUCUAUUACUUUUACAUGCUAGUACUCCGUCCAAAGAUGGUUUUUCUUACGGGGAGCAACUGCAUUUUUAGACAUUUAUUUUAACUUCUGAAAAAUCUACAUGACCCUUUUCUCCGAUAUAGCAUGUUGACGUUGUAAGUAGAAGAAACUUAACAUCAAGUAGUUUUUUCCUAUUCUUGACCAGGUACCCACUGCACCCGCGGCCUCAACAGCGAGAUUAUGGAGGAGCCCUCAUGGCCGCCUUCGACCGAAGUGGUCGGCUUCCGUUCCCGAGGACAGUGUUCCAAUAGGGACAGACUUCGCAUUUUGAACUAUGUGCAUGAGCGUUGCGUUGCGCCAAUGGUCGAGGAUCAGGGUUCGUCUUCAAGUUCAGCUUCAGGCAACAACUUAGCGGCGGACCACAUGACUAAGCAGGACCGGGACGACCCUCUCCAGGAACACGCAGUGUCCGUAGCGGGAGCUGCUGCAAUGGGAAUGCUGCAGGCUAAUGGCACUCUGCCGGGAUUCAACUCUGUAGACAUGAGAAGAGGAGAUACUACAACUGUUGGUGCUGGUGGAACACCAACAUCCAUCACGGCGAUUGGCAAUCCAAAUGAAGCUGCCUCGAUAUCGAAGCCGUCAGCACAGUUGAGGAAAGAACGCAUGGCAGGUGGCGAGGAUCGAACUCCGGGAGCAGUGGAUGUCGCUAGAGAAAAGAAGAUCAUGCAAGACUUGGCAGCGAUAUCAAGAACAGCGAAUGGAGACGUGGAAGGAGAAACAGUUAAAAAUGGAGCUCCGACAGUAGUUGUCACUAGUAACAUGGGAUCUCCUUCAUCUAGUACUUUAAGAAAGGAUAAGGAGCAUUUUGCUGGAUUUGAGGAUGAAGAUGGCGGAAUAGAGAGUGCUACAACUUCUAGCUCAUCAACAUCUGCAAGUAACAACAAGUUUCAAAACAAGUAUAAGAUGAAACAGAAAGACUCCAGGAGCAGUGCGGAGGACGAAGACAUGUGUGGCGGCUCUAGUCUCCAAAGGGAGUUGCUGAACAGAGCAAAAAAGGCUUUUGAGAAUGGGAGUGCUGGAGGUCAAAGGGACAGGGAUCAAACCUUUACACCAUAUUCAGACGUGGUGUCAGAAAAUAGUACUUUGCAGCCUAGUGGUAGUAUGUCAACACCAAAUAGUGGCAUUUUUUCCAAUGGAGGAUUCCAGAAUUCGAACUUUGUGAACCCCAACAGUGUCAAGUGGUCUAUGCUGCCAGCUUCGUCAUCUUCAGGUGCGGGUAACGCGGCAGGCAGGUCGUUUUCCUCUCUGCUGUCGCAGCAUCAUUUGAUCGAAUUGGUGCAACGCUUCAACUUUCAGAAACGCAGUAGCACGCCACGAGAACGGUUGCGCAGUGAGGAGGGACUUGCAGCUCUGAACACGCAUCAAUACUACAAGGACAAGCUGCUGUAUGAAACCAAAAUCUGUUAUCAUUAUCGUACUUUUCUACUUCAGAAACUUAAUAAUGAUAACAGAUUUUCAUUUUUAUCGUACUUAUUUUCUACUUCAGAAACUUGAUAAUGAUAACAGAUGAUUUUCUUUUCAUAUGCUAUGGCAGCCUGCUUACGUUUACUACUGCGUGUGCAUGAGCGAGCGCCUGUCCUUUGUGGAGCUGUUUGAGCAUUUGAAAAGAUUCACAGCGGAUCCGGAUCAUAGAUGGCGAGACUGCGUCCGCGCUAAGAGGGGUUGCUUUCCAGUCACUUCCAGGAAACGUAAGGCUGCUCUAGCCUACCACGGGGAUGGCGAACAGUUGAGUCCUCAAGCGCGUUUUCUUUAAGGCUUCUCCUUCUCCUAAUCCAUCUUCUCUAUAGGGAUUCUUCAACCUCCGUACUAUGCGCCCCAAUUGACAAGGGGAAUACUCUUGAGGCAUAGACUGUUGAGAGGCCUACUCCACAGGGAUGAACUAGGAAAGGAAGAGGUCUAAUCUUUGCUCAACCAUCCUAUGUUAACCAGUUUGAAGGACCAUGAGCAUAAGACAGUGCGCGAUCACUGCAAGGAUUACGACGGUGGCGCUGGAGGUAGCGAGCACUCCUCCCCAGCGAACAAUAAAUUCCACAGUAACAACAACAGCAACAACAACUCAACUCCCUCAGUGGGAUUUGGAACCCACAUCAGCAGUUCAACCGUGGCAGGUGGUGGUGCACGCUGGAACAGCAGCACCAAACAGGCGCAGUUGCACCAACACACGGCCUCCUAUAACAAUCGUGGGUCCUCGAACUUCCCCUCGACUGCCUACUAUCCUAGCAAUUCUACAGAAAAAAACUCCUCAUCCUUUAUGAAGUGCAGAGUCACAGCGUUGUACUCAUGAAGAUACUGAAGAAAAUAGAAUUAGCUAAUCGUAAUCCUAGUAGGUAGUUUCCCUUUCCGAUUCCCAUGGCCACUGUAUCUGAAAUCCUAAAAUUAUAAGUCCUAGCUAAUUGUAAUAGUAAUUUCCUGAGUUGUAGAUAAAAAUCUGAAUCUGUGUCUAUGAGUACAACUACUUCCACUUUUUUCUACUUUCAUAUCUUCCUCCUCCGUUCCCCACUAUGCAGAGAGUCGUGGGGAGCAGGGCGUACCUUCCGACGUCCUCUACGAGAGCUGUGCCAAGGACCAGGCUUAUUUUGAGGGUGCGAUAGAGAUUCUACGUCGACGCCAUGAGAUCGACUUUGACAUCAUGCAUGCAGGCAAGGUGUUGAUCAGAGACGCGAUAGUAAAGAAUCCAAGAGCAGGAUUUUUGAACAAUUAAGGGCAACAUGUUAAAGGUGCUUUUGUUACCGUUUGUUAUGGCUCUCCUAAGGGGGACAACCAUAACAAGCGGAAUAAACGAACACCGCAAUAGCCUACCUCUAAAACAAGGAACACAGCCAAAGCAGUUGGAACUACUCGGACACGAGUAACAGCAUUCGACUACGUGGCUAUCAACCUGGGCAACAAAACGGUGGCCCAGGUCUGCAGAUGGCGUCGGGUAUCGGCGGAGGCCUCUCUAUAUCAGGAGGUGGAAACUCUCCUAGGAGUUGUACGGUCUCGCCGCCUGCUGCAUCACCACCAGGACGAGGACAAGUAGAGAGCACGACUAAAGGUAACGGAGCAGCGGUUGAACAAGUUGUUGUAGGAGAAUUCUCUACAACUUCUAAUACAACAGCAGGAGCAAGAACAGCGGGAACAAAUGGAGCAGGAAACUCAAAUUCUAGUCCAUCCACUACAUCCACGACUAGCUCAACUUGGAGUGGGAGUUAUUUGACGCCCCAACAGCAAAUGCUCCAGUUUCAAGAGGGUGAGGCACGCAUUCUCCGAGCUCCACUGGUACGACCACACUUCCUGGAUGACCUCGACGCAUACCUAGAGCGCAUCGAAAAAAUGGCCCAAGUGAACCUGCGACCAAGACGCUCAGGAGUACAAACCUUGCACCAACAGCUAAUAAACACACAGCGAACAGCACAACAGCAGGUGAGGAGAUCUGUUUACUAAGCAGCGGACCAGCAUGAUGAUUCACAUUUAUGGUCAUCAUGUUGACCUUGAUUGUAAGCGUACGAAGUCUAGAAGGUGCUAACAACGUGAAGAACCGAGAUUUUUUAUACAUAAAGGAAAAACCCUAUAACAUCUUCAGACUUUUUUUGCGACAAGGAUUGAUAAGUACUAAAAGCUAUGUAGCUCGUAACUUUUCCCUAGUACGACACGACAUGUAGUGUAGAAGUUAUCGAUGACAAGAAAGCAGGAUAAGUAAAUGCUAAUGCAACCACUCCGCCAUCGAUAAGUGUUAAUAUGCAUACCUCUCGAGCAGAAAGAGAAAUGCAUAUAUCUGUAUCUCAGAUUUGUACCUAAGAUGAUUGUAAUAGUACAUAAGUUAAGAGGCCAUAUUGACGCACAAUCACAAACAUUAUUGAUCCAUGUCCAACACGACAAUCAAAAACUCAAAUCACCUCAAAUUUUCAAUUUUUACGAUCUAAUAGAGCACGAAACUACCACUCAUGCUUUGAUACAACAUGAACAUUCAUAGUGAAAGAGAGAUGUCAUCGUGAUCUGCUCGUCCUAUUCCAUCUUCUAUAGAAAUCAACAACAUCAAAAGAGAGCUUGCUCGUCAACUGACAACUCGUAAGAUUACCAUUACGUAUCUAUACGUACUAUUAAUCUACUUGUAUUUAAUGAUGAACAUGAAGAUGAAAAGGUCAAACUUUAUUUCCUUUCAACAUCAUGACCAUCCUGUACAGAUGAACCCAAAAUGCUUCUAGAUGUUGUAUUGAGCCAGGAGUUGCAUAAAUGACAGACCACAACCUUGAACUUUGAAGUAUUAAGGCUUGCGGUCGCGCCGUUCGUGUCGCC